GUGCAACUGCAGCCGUUCCGUGUUCUCCACACGUGACCACGCGUUCCCGGCUCGGCCGUGCGCACAAUAAUAUUGUACACUUCAAUAAUAUCAAUAUCAAUAUUUAAUAAUAAAAAUAAUUACUACAACACAUGCGAACUGUCAUACAUCGGCCCAGUGCCUUGUCGCUUAGAUUUUUUUUUAAAAAGAAAAAAAUUACCGCCACCGACAAAACGGACGACACCGUAAAAAAAUCACGCGGCAGUGAUAUUAUCAUUUUAUUAUUAUUAGCGUUAUUUAUUAUUAUUAUUAUUUUUUAAUUUAAAUUUUUAUCUGAUCGCGAUUUUCCUUUCGGGAAAUCCCGAAACGGCUACACGCUGCAGCCGUUGUCGCCGCCGACGUCACCUACUCCGCCUUCGCCAUUUCAGCGUAGUAAUUCACACGCCAAGAUGGAGCAUUCACCAUAUUCGCAAAGUCCGAGUCCGUCAUCGUCAUUGGUAAACUUUCCAACACCUACAAACUUACCAGAUAUCAGAUUACACAGACCAUUUAGUCAGAUGCACGACCUCAAGCACCUACACAUUCCGUUCAAUAUGAGGUUCAUGGAGAACUACCCGGCGCUGCCCGCUCACCUGCUGCACCAUCUACAGCCGCCGUUCUUGCACCCAGCGUUGGACCCGCGGCUAUCAUUUUCGCCGGCGGGCGUGUUCCAACCGCUCGGCUCGCCGAGUCCGCACCACCAACAUCCACACCACCAACAUCACUCGCACCACGCAGCCGCCGCAGCCGCGGCCAGUCUCAAAGGGUUCACUUCGGCGUUCGCGCCCCCGUCCAAAUGCUACAAGAUGGACGACAAACAGACAUCGCACGCCGAAGGAACUGCGCAACAACAGCAGUCGGGUUCACACCAACAACAGCAUCAUCAACAGCAACAGCAGCAGCAGCAACAACAACAACAGCAGCAACAACAACAACAACAACAACAACAACAACAACAACAACAACAACACCAGCAGCAACAACCGGUGCCGCCGUCGUUUCCGUAUCCACCCAGGAGGAGUCCUUGUUCACCGGGCAACAUGCCCGUAUCGCCGUCGUCGUCCAAUGCUGCCGCGACAAUGCAACAGCAGCACAAGGACGAAUGCUCGGACAGGGACACACCGAGUUCCGGCGCGAUUUCCGAAGACGGCAGGAUGAUCAGAAGGAAGAAACUGUCGCCGCCCAUGUCGACGGCCGCGGCGCCGACGCCGGCGGCCAACGGCGGUGCCGGGUCGACGACGUCCACCGCGACGACGGCCGCCGCCGCGGUCAACAACAACAACAAUCACAGCAACAACAACAACAACGGGUCGUCGAUCAAGCAGCAGCAACAGCAAUCCUCGGCCGGCGGCCAACAGCUGCAGAUGUCCGCGGCCGCGGCGGGCUGCUGCCCCGUGUGCGGGACGGCGCUCCGCACGGCCCACGAGCUCGAGUCGCACUUCAUCUGGGAACUGGAACGGCUUUACAAGCAGGCGGCGGCGGCGGGGCGCCGGCACCGCGGAGGAGGUGCGGCCGACAAGCUGGGCGACGGCGGUCACCACAACAUGCACGGUCUCGUGGUGUGCUCCAGGGACGGCGGCCGGUUGUCGCCGGUCGCGGGCGGCAGCGGCAGAGACGCCACGCUGCACGGCCGAUGGGAGACAUAUCAAAAAGUCAAAGCCAAUCGACACAACCGGUUGAGGAUCAAAAAUCGGAAACGGAAACCCGACGAGAUGCUGCUGACGCCGACGCCGGCAACCUGCUGCUGUCCCGUUUGCAAUGAGCCUGUGGCCGCGGCCACCCAGGAGCAGAUGAACGCUCACGUGGAAAUGUGCCUGAGAAACAAAGGUCACCCGUCAGUGGCAACCGCGGGUAACGACGACGAAGACGAGAACGUGGACGUAGAAGGCGACACAGAGACGACGAUGUACGAUAUCGUAUACGGCGGUGGCAGUAGCGGAUGGCAUGGUCAACAGCCGCACAACAGGAUGAGACAGCAGAUGCUCAUGCACGGUGGCGGAUACAACAGAGGUGCCACAGCCGUGGCGAUCAACUGUUCCAGCUCCGGAAAUGCGGCCCAGCAACCGCCGCCCAGGCAGUCGGCGACCGGUGGCGAAGAUUCGACCGGCGGUGCCGAAGACACGGUGUUGGUGGUCGACGACAACGACAACGAAAACGGCGGCAGCAGCAGCGGCAGCUUAUACAACAAGUACGGCCCUAACCAGUACGCCGAACGGGACGUAAUCGUCCCGUCACGUCCUCCUACCGCUUCUUCGGAGAGUCGCCGACUUUCACCCGCCGAGCUGAACGAUCCGAGCGCAAUGGAGGCGAUGGACUCGUGCGAAAACGUCGGGCCGCUGGACGUGUCGAUCAAAAAGGAAAACACACAAGACGAGGGGACUGUAAAAGCUAAAAUGGACGUGGACAAGUACUGCGCACAGUUCAACAACAACGGUCAAGUCGUCGAAGCGCUGAAAGCCCGGAUCCGGGAACUGGAGUCGGCGUCCAAGACCGGCAGCGACAAGUUUACUUGUCUAUUGUGCAAAGGAAAUUUCAAAGAUCCCGUCGUGUCGACGUCGUGCUGGCACGUGUACUGCGAAGUGUGCUGGCUACAAAUACUGGGUGCUAAAAAACUGUGUCCGCAGUGUUACGUGAUAACGCUUCCGUCCAACUUGCGUCGCGUUUACCUGUAAAGCGGCCCGAGAAACUGUGUGCAGCUGCGGGACGCGUCAAGGCGCGGUGAUGAACGCGGCCGAAAAUGUCUCCGGCGGGCUGCUCGUCUCCGUCGCCGCGGGCCGUCGCAUAUAUUAUAUUAUAUUUAUUUGUAAAUUAUUUCAUUGUAAUUUUUAUUUUUCCCGGUUUUCCGCGUGUUUUCUUUCCGAUUUCGUUUCCAAAUUUAUUAUUGUACAAACCUUUUCGCGACGGUAUACGACACAUCGUCAUAUUACUAUGUAUACAAUGUACCUUUAAACUAUACACCCACAUUAUAUCCUAUUAUAUCCUAUAUAUUUAUAUAUACGCACGUAACGCGUGACCUUAGGUCGUACGUCGUCGCAGCACAACGUACAGGGGUACCUAUGUAUAUAAUAGUACAAUGCGCCGCCGUAUGGUAUGUAUGGUGGCAUUUACGCGUUUUCCGCGAUUCGGUCACCCUCUAACCCUCCCCCCCCUCAAUUCAAAUCACCAUCCACGCCGACGACACUGACGUUCACAGCUCUUCUCACAGCCAUCAAAUCCACAAGCUAUCGCGCAACAUAUCGCGAACACUUAUCAAUAUACCUACAAUAUGCUAUACACAGUGGCGUACGUAAAAAUUAAUUUCCGGGGGGGGGGGGGGGGGUUAAAAAAUAUAUCCAUUCUUAAAUUCCAAUUGAUUAUACAACCGAAAUCAAUGCCCGUACCAAACAUACAUUUCAGUGGAGUUUAAACCCCCCCCCCCCAUACACUGUAUAAUACGUAUGUACCGUACACAAGUCGGUCUACCGAAACCGAAUAUACAUAUGGACGAAAUAAUUAUUUGUACAUAGGUACCUUAUAUACUAUAUUAUAUAAUAUGAACUGCACACUCGCGCACGACCAUCACCGCCGCGGCGUGUUUACGCAUCACCAUCACUGUAUCGUUCGGCAACAGACAUACCACUCGCGUACGAAAACGUUAGGUAUUCAAAUACACGCUCACGGACGCGUUGUAAAUAAUAAUAUUAAACUGUGUGCAGUAUAACAGUCCGACGACGGUCUGACGACCCACCUGCUGGUGCUGCUCGGGAAUUCGAGAUCGUAUAGGACACGUCGCACACUCCCCCCGCCGACCACCCGGUUGCGGCAAUGAGCUUUACUGAGAUUGCGGUAUACUAUAAAUAGGUAGACGAAAAAACGUCGAGAAUUCUGGAACGCCUUCCACGCCGUUCUACCGCCCCCCGCCUCGCGAGUUUCAUCGCUGCAGCGUCGCAUGCAGUGAGUCCGACGGCCGAUUGCACCCCGGUUGAGAAAACACUGCACGUCCCGACACACGCGUGGCGAUGUGGGUGUGUGCGCGAGUGUGUAGUUAACAUUCACUGGCACGCGUGUUAAAAAUUAUGUACAUUAUUUAUAACAUUAUAACGAUAUGCUUACGUUAUGUUUUUUUUUUUCUUCUUAUUAUAGUGAAAGUAGACGUUUAAUAUUAUUAUAUUUAUAACGUAGGGAUAAUCGCUUUGUCGUUUGACGUUAGCAAAAAAUAAAUAAAUAAAAAAAUAAAGUAUAAACGUCAUGUGCUAUGACUGCGAGAAUCUUCAUUAGUCUUAUUAGGAACGAUAUAAGUAUAAUAUUAUAUACAUUACAAUAUUACAUUAUAUAGUUUAAAUUUAAAAUAACAUUGAUAUUAUAAUAGGUAUAUAGAAACUGUUAAUCUAACGAUAAUGUUAUAUAAUAUUAUUAUAUAUACCUAAGCCCAGUACGAUAUUAUUGUACAUCGUACUGAAAACGGUGCAUUUUGUGAAAAUCCGCGAAACGUGCAGCGUGCCGCGUGCCGACAUAAAAAAAGAAAAAAUUUCAAAAUACCGAAAUCAUUAGGUAGGUAAUUCCCCCCGAGUACAGAGAAAGCGCCGUUUUUUGCACGCGUUAAAGUCACGAACGGAAAGUUUUUCAACGACUAUCGGGUCGACUGCCAGAAACGUUACUAAGGCGGUUUUCGAGGACUUAGAAAUAAUGAUGAAUUUAAUGAUAAUAGUAAAAAAAUAUAGUGAAAUCAAUGACCAUGCAGGGUGUAAAAACACCGAGACCUGACAAAUCUGAAAUGAUCCAAGAGCAACAAUAUGAUCGAUACAUAGGACUCAACGAUGACGAACUCGUCGUUGCUAACUUAGUGGCGAUUUCUUUUGGGUUUUUUUUUCAUUUCGUUUUCUUCACGACCGCGUUUUCUCGAAAUUUUACUCCUCGUGACAGCACCUUUUGCCGAUUCGAAGUGGAUGGGCGAAUGUUAUUUACUUAUAAUUAUUGAAAUCCUAGCUGUAGACGACUUAAACUCCGUUUCAAUACGCGCACCGCGUUGUGACGUCGAACAAUUUUUAUUUAAAAAAAACUACCUAAAUAUUAUAACCGAUAAAUUUAUAAAUCUUUUAUUAUAUUCAUUAUAUUCAACUGUAUAUUGUGUUUCGUCUCCUAUAUAAUAUAUCUGGCGUUUAUCAUCAUGAGAAA